AUAUGUCCGGAGGCGGCGCUGGACGAGCGAAGCGUGUCAAGUAAAAAGGGGCAGAUCGGAGCAGAGGGGCGGGAGCGGAGCGGAGCGGAGCUGUUUAAUAUCGCAAACCGGCGGCGAUGGCAACGGAUCCUCUCCUAAGCUCCCAAGGCCGGCUCCUCGAGCCAAUGGAAGGCGUCGUUGACUACCGCGGCCGUCCCGCCUCCAGAUCUGCCUCCGGCGGCUGGUCCUCCGUCCUCUUCAUAAUAGGGGUGGAGAUCGCAGAGCGGUUCGCCUACUACGGGGUGUCCGCAAACCUGAUCUCCUUCCUCACGGGGCCUCUCCAUGAGUCGACGGCGACGGCAGCAGCCUCCGUCAACGUGUGGAGCGGCGUCGCAUCGAUGCUACCUCUCCUUGGCGCUUUCGUUGCCGACUCCUACAUGGGCCGCUACCGAACCGUCGUCGUUGCCUCCCUUCUUUACAUACUGAGUUUAGGCAUGUUAACCUUCUCGGCUGCGUUGCCAUCCCUCCAUCCACCAGACUGUGGGGUCGACGCCGUCGAUACGUCGUCAAGCUGCCCACCUUCUGCUCUCAAAGUCGCGAUCUUCUACUUCUCCUUGUAUCUAAUGGCCGUCGCCCAAGGGGGCCACAAGCCGUGCGUCCAGGCUUUCGGCGCCGACCAGUUCGACGAGAAUGACCCUCAGGAAAGCGUCGCCAGGAGUGCUUUCUUCAACUGGUGGUACUUCGGCUUGUGCUUUGGCACCCUCGCCACCGUCACUAUCCUCAACUACAUCCAGGACAACCUCGGCUGGGCUCUCGGCUUUGGCAUUCCAUGCGCCGUCAUGCUCUGCGCCCUUGCCUUGCUCCUGAUGGGAACCACGACGUAUCGCUUCUACCCCUUCAAAGAGCAGAGCCCUUUCGCUCGCACAGCCAAAGCACUCACCGCCGUCGCCAGAAACAGGUGGAGCGAUUCAAGUGAGCGGCAUGAGGCGGUCAACGCUGAGCAUUUAGCUGAAGCGAAGGGGUUGCUUCGGCUGUUCCCCAUAUGGGCGACGUGCUUAUUCUAUGCCGUCGUAUUCGCCCAGUGGUCGACCCUGUUCACCAAGCAAGGCAGCACCAUGGACCGGAGAAUAGGCUCAAAAUUUGUGGUGCCGCCGGCUGCUUUGCAGAGCUUCAUUAGUGUCUCCAUCAUCGCCUUCAUCCCCAUCUACGAUCGAAUUCUAGUCCCCGCAGCUCGGAAAUUCUCAAAGCUCCCGUCGGGAAUCACAAUGCUCCAAAGGAUCGGCGCCGGGAUGGUAAUUUCCUUACUCUCCAUGGCCAUAGCGGCUGUGGUGGAGAUGAAGAGGCUCCGCACCGCUCGAGAAUUCGGGCUGGUGGAUCAACCCAAAGCCAUGAUUCCGAUGAGCCUGUGGUGGCUGGUUCCCCAGUACGUUCUAACCGGGAUUGCGGACGUGUUCACCAUGGUUGGGCUGCAGGAGUUCUUCUACGAUCAAGUCCCUGAAGCGUUGAGAAGCCUGGGCCUUGCUUUCUACUUGAGCAUCUUCGGAGUUGGUAGCUUCAUAAGUGGAUUUCUGAUAUCAGUGAUCGAUAAGACUACGAGGAAAGGAGGCGAUAGCUGGUUUUCCAACAAUCUCAACCGUGCCCAUCUUGAUUACUUCUACCUCCUCCUCGCCGGGCUCAGCGCCGUCGAAUUGCUUCUCUUCGUUUACUUUGCACGAGCCUAUGUCUAUCAGAAAAAAGCCUCUGUCGUCCUACAGCCUUGAAAUAGUAGUAAUCUAUUUUUUUUAGUAAAAUCUUAAAUUUGAAUUGGCA